AAUGCCCCUCAAACCAUGCGUUUACUGCCGCUAAUAGAGCAGGAGAAGAAGAAGGAGAAGCCGGAUGUAAACAAGUCCGGUCCAAAGUCUCUUCAUAACCGGGGAGACUUUAUAAAGAGAGGACAGCCCACCAUGACUGAUGUGAGUGUGCAGCAGUGGGGGGAGGUGGGGGGCGUGGACUUGUGGGUGCUGCAGUCGGCCCAGGUGCGGGUGGAGGUCCUCAGCCUGGGGGCCAUCCUCAGAUCUGUGUGCUGCAGAGGGAGGGAGGGCCACAUGGAGGACGUGGUGCUGGGCUUCGAUCAGCUGGAAGGUGGAGCUCAGAGGAGGCAGCAUGUCUGUGGUGAGGCUGAAGAUCCCUGUUGUGUCUCAGGUUAUCUGUCAGAUCAGCGCUACCUUGGAGCUACGGUGGGCCGCGUGGCCAACAGGAUCGCACGGGGGCGCUUUGUGGUGGAGGGGAAAGAGUACCGACUAGAUAUCAAUAAUGGACCCAAUGCACUGCAUGGAGGGCUGCGAGGCUUCAAUAAGGCGAUCUGGCUGGCUACAGCAGUGGAAGGCGGAGUACAGCUGAGUCUUACCAGUCCAGAUGGGGACCAGGGUUAUCCUGGAGAGGUGCAGGUCUCUGUCUCCUACACACUGCAGGGGGAAACUCUAACUGCUGAAUACCAAGCCCGCUCUACAAAGACCACCCCCAUCAAUCUCACCAACCACUCAUACUUCAACCUGGCGGGACAGGCUGCAGCAGAUAUCUACGACCAUCAGGUGUCCAUCAGUGCUCAGUCCUACCUUCCUGUGGAUGACUCAUCAAUUCCAACUGGAGAGAUCCGCCGGGUGAAAGGCACACCCUUUGACCUUACCACACCUGUUCUGAUUGGCCCUCGGCUGAAGGAAGUUCCGGGUCCUGGGUUUGACCAUAACUUCUGCCUGUCGUUCCCUGGAGACAGCUGGACAGAAAGAGAUGCUGCCAGAGUGUGUCACCCAGCUAGUGGGCGGGUCCUAGAGGUUUCUACAAGCCAACCUGGAGUCCAGUUCUACACUGCCAAUUUCCUGGAUGGUCUGACAGGAAAGGGGGGGGUGAGGUACAGGAAGCACAGCUCCUUCUGUCUGGAGACGCAGAACUGGCCUGAUGCCGUGAACCAGGCUCCCUUUCCUUCCUGUCUCCUGUGUCCCGGUGAGGACUACCAUCAUGUGACUCGCUUCACCUUCACCACUGUGUGACCUCCAGCAGGACAGACAAGAAGAAAUCUAGAGAAGGACGUCCAAUUGUUGAUUGCACAUAUAAUUGUUUGCAGUAUGAUCAGGAAGCAUAAGCCUCAUCCCAGUACCCCUCCCCGAACUCGCGUCCCUUCCUUGCAUCUUAGCUCCGCCUCCGUAAGAUGCGAGCGAGAGACACGUGGAGGAGACGCGAGGACAAAGGAGUCCUCAGGUAUUAAUUGGGAUGUCCUCGUUCACUCAAACGUCACUUUUAAACGACGUCUGUUAAUGAUGACAUGUGCACAGCUGUAUCCCCUCUCAUCGGGCUUAACUGAAUAAUCCUUUAGAACCGGCCCAUUUGUUGUUAAAUAUGUAUUUAAAUGAAUGAAUCUUUCUCUUGUUAGUCAAGGAAUUCAAA